AUGAGACCCUUUUUGCUCUUCCUGCUACACCUGCGCCUCUGAUGCACUCCUCUGCAGAAAAAGUUAUGGACUUGCAGGAGCAGCCAGGUAACACUAAGUCGCUUGGUCAAGAGGAUUUUUCUGCAGUCUCGCUUGAUCCUGCUCCUUCUCUUCCCUCCUUCUCUCCUCUCUCAGCCGAUCCCUUUAAAGAGCACGCAGCCUUUGGUACCAUCUCAGAUGGAUUUCCUGCAAGAGGCACUUACAAAGAGAGCUCCAGUGAGGUUUAUAAAGAACCUAUGAAAAAUGCCAGAAACCCCUUUCUUGCAGAGGGAAAUGAUAAAGACAUUUCAGACAUGAAACACUCACAGCCCCCAUUUGCUAAAGAAGAAGCAGCCAUUUUAUCUCCAGCUAAAGAAAAAACACAGCUAGAGGGCCCUAAAGAAUUACCUAACCUGGAGAAAACGCCUGCACAGCAGCUGAAAAUGUCUCCAGAAUCUCCCCAAGAUUUAUUUGAAAGAAAUGAGGAAGAUGACUCCUUUAACAAAGACAAGUACGGAGGAAGUGGCGAUCAUGGUGAAAAAGGGGUGCUGAAAGAAGACCCUCUUAGGAGGGAAGAAUAUGCAGACUUCAAACCAUUUGAGCCAAUAUGGGAAGUCAAAGGUGCUAGUCACGGACUGAGCAGCAUGAGAGAGGAUGUUGGAAGUAAGAUAGAUGCCAAGCUGGAGAGCAGUUUGGAUGACAAAUAUGGUGUGGGUAAGCUGAAUGUGCAGAAGGAUUACGAAAGAGAGAGUGAAGGCAGUGCUGAAGAGCCCUCCUUCCCCAGCACCCCAGAAGCUGUAAAAGAACCUUCGCAGAAUUACAUCACUUGUACUAAAUUUGACGCCCCUCCAAGUCCUGGUGGUAACAAAGGCAAAUCUCUUUCUCCACUAGAGGAAGGCACUUCAGAAAAUAGAACAGACGAUGAGAAAAAAAUUGCAGAACUGAAAGCUCAGACGGGCCCAGAACAAGGUAAUUUUGCUGCUGGAGCCGCUGGGCAGGAAGGACAGGGAGCUGACCCUGCUAAAUCCCAGGGGGUCCCGCCGGUGCCGCCCGACAGCGCCGCAAACAUGCCCGAGGGUCUCACUCCUGACCUGGUGCAGGAGGCGUACGAGAUGCACGAUGCAGCCUGCACAAAACUGGCUUACGAACCCAAGAUUGAUUUAGUGCAAACCUCCGAGGCGGCGCAGGAGACGCUGAAACCCGCGGCGCAAAUCUGCCCCUCCUUCGAGGGCUCGGAAGCUGCUCCAUCCCCGAUAUUGCCGGAUAUUGUUAUGGAAGCCCCGCUAAGCACCGGUGCUGCUGGGGCAGAGGCAUCUGCUGUGCAGCUGGAAGCUUCCCCACUAGAAACAUUUAUGCCCGCUGCCAAGUACGAGAAUGUAAAAGAGGCUGAAAAACCUCCUGUGUACCAAGAGGCAGUGAAGGUACCACUGACACAGGCCCAGGAAGCAAAGGAGACACUGGCAUUUAAACAACCUGAUGGUGAGAGUAGCAGCACUCCUGAAGAUCUGGAGACUCCUUAUAUAUCUAUUGCAUGUGACUUAAUUAAGGGAACAAAAGUUUCUGGUGAAUCUCCUUCUCCGUCUUUCACAGAGUAUUCAAAGAUGCCGGUAACAGAAAGCAUUUCUCAGGAUGUGCCUGAAGACAAGGAGCUAGAUGGAACCCUGUCUCCACAGUUUGGAAAAGCUGGCCUGUUUAAUAGCCAGAUGAUAUCUGACUUUGCUGAGGAAGAAAGUGAAGAUCCAUCUCUCUUUAAAAGUAAAUCCACUGAGAGUAUUGCCACUGAUGAAGAACAUGAGGAAGGACUGGUGGAUUCAGUAGCUGCCACGGGCAAGCCUUAUCUGGAGUCAUUCCAACCUGAGCUGGACUCUUCCAAAACUGUUGCUGCUCCACCAUCUGAGCCAAUAAUAGCCAAGGCAGAUAAGAUUCCUCUUCAAAUGGAAGAGCUGGAUGCUUUGGCUUAUUCAGCUGAUGUAUCUGUUGCUAUGGAACCAAAAACAGGAGAUGACAAAGCUCUCUCACCCAUGGAGUCUUCCCCAAUCUCAGAGGAAGAAGACUUUGUGAUGUUAGGUCAUCCUAAAACUAUUCCUGAAUUUGUGACAGAAGCCACUGACCGAGAAAUAAUGCACAAAGGUGAAGACAUCAGUAAGGUGAUCCAGGGUGAGAAGAGGCAGUUGCCUUGCCCAGAGCUGCCCUGUGAUCUGUCUAUGAAGAAUGUAGAAGUAAAAGCUGAGGAAGACACCAAUGCCUUGAAAAAGUCUUUGGAGGCUGUGGACAGAGAAGUGCCUGAAGUAUCCACCAUGUCCUUACCAGCCACAGAUACCUCACCUUUAUCUGCUGAAAAAGAGCUAGUCAGUGUAGUAAAACCAAGAGCUUUUGAGAAGGAAGCUGAGAAAGAAGCUGCUUCUGUUAAAGAAAAGAAAAAACCUACUGCUGUAUUUUCAGCAAAGCUGAAUAAGUCUUCAGUUGUUGACCUCCUUUACUGGCGAGACAUUAAGAAGACCGGGGUGGUGUUUGGAGCCAGCUUGUUCCUGCUGCUCUCAUUAACAGUCUUCAGCAUCGUGAGCGUCACAGCCUACAUUGCCCUGGCCCUGCUCUCUGUCACCAUCAGCUUUAGGAUAUACAAGGGAGUUAUCCAGGCAAUCCAGAAGUCUGAUGAGGGCCACCCCUUCAGGGCUUACCUGGACUCGGAUGUGGCCGUGUCCGAGGAGCUCAUCCAGAAGUACAGCAACGUCGUGCUGGGCCACGUGAACGGCACCGUCCGGGAGCUGCGGCGCCUCUUCCUCGUCGAUGACCUGGUGGAUUCCCUCAAGUUCGCAGUGUUGAUGUGGGUUUUCACUUAUGUUGGUGCCUUGUUCAAUGGUCUGACAUUACUGAUCCUGGCUUUGAUUUCGCUCUUCAGUGUUCCUGUUAUUUAUGAGAGACAUCAGGCCCAAAUUGACCAUUACCUGGGACUCGUGAACAAGAACGUCAAAGAUGCCAUGGCAAAGAUCCAAGCAAAGAUCCCCGGGUUGAAGCGCAAAACUGAAUAAAAAAAGAAGCCUGAAGCAACUUAUCAAUAGGAAGUUCAUCUUUUAAGGGGGAAAAAUACUCAUUGGAUUUACACGGGGAGGGUCAGGGAAUAGCAAACCCCUUGACAUUGCAGUGCAAUUUCACAGAUCUUUAUUUUUUAGCAACGCAGUGUUUGAGGAAAAAUAACUGUUUUGACUGCCAUGUGUUUCAUCAUCUUAAGUAUUGUAAGCUGCUAUGUAUGGAUCUAAAACUAAUCAUCUUUCCUUAUCCUGUGUGCAGCACUGGCUAAUACAAACGACUGAGACAGCUGUACAUUUGCUUCAUCAGAGGUAGUUCCUGCUGCGUUCCGGAGGUGUAGAGCAGGUGGGGCAGAGGAGAACACUUCCCAGUUUGUGCACUGUGUAUGGUCUGUGUAGAUUGAUGCAGAUUUUCUAAAAUGAGAUGUUUUAGAAGAAUAUACCAGUUUAGCAAGUUUUGAAAAAUCUUGCCUUUUUGGUAUGAGUAUAGCUGUAUUGUGAUUUUAUUGUUUUAUCAAUUGCCAAUAUAUAUAUAUAUGUGUUUCACAAAGCUUAGAUCUUUCAGCUGCUCCACAGUGCUUUGUAUGUCAGAGAACUGACUGAGGCCUGGACGAGCUCCAGAGCACACAAGCUUGAGAAACUAAAAAGUCUCUGUAAACACUGGCAUCUGUUGGAACCAACAAAAGAGAAAAGAACAAAGAACCUCCACCUAGAGUAAAAGAAAAUUACAGCAUACACUUUGUUGCACAAACGUACAGUAGUUGAUCUUGAGCAAAUACUUCUCCAGCUCUCAGACUCUGAUAACUGUGGACCGAGUAUCUAAUGCUGCAAAUGUUGUUUGGAAACUUAAAGCCCUGUCCUGUUAUGCAAGAAAUGAUAAGUGAAAAUUUAUACACUUGCAGUUUGAGCUGUACUGAACUAAGUCUGUGGAAUGCAUUGUGAAAUGUAAAAAAAAAAAAAA